GUCAAGGUCACUUGGCACGGCUAAUGAAUAUAAGUUUACCCACUUUUUGACGUAAGCUUAUCAGCCUACUACUGGUCUGUUCCGUAUAAACAUGUUUAUUGUCAUACUACCUAAUAUGCCUGUGACCUGUGAUAAUUAAAAGACUUUAUAGCUCAAUAAUAUAAAUGGCAAAAUAACAGUUUAUCAACGUAACUGAAAGAAGUGGAGUAUUGAAGCUUCAGUGUAGCACUUAAGAAUUGUAUUCCUUGUCCACAACUUCAGUCUGUCGAAUCUUUAAAUGCUUCUGGUCGUCCUAAAGGCUUAUCGGAAUUUUUCCAAAUCCAUGGACCAAGUCAAGAUGUAUUUUAGAUGGACCACUGUCACUCCCUUACUCCUUAGUCAUAGUUUAGUUUCCGUGUAACUUACAGUAACAGUCUCAUGAUGUCGGUGUCAUGUGUUUGAUAACUACUCGGUCCCUUGUACUGUGGUUCGUAUGGCUGGCUAAAUUACUUUUUAUUCACACAAUUUAGUAGUCAAGUACAAGUCUGUUUCUUUGACUUUGGGCUACCUAUUUUGUGUAAGGUAACCACCCUUUUAGGCUGCUAGUACUAAUGCAAACGAUUUGUGGUUCGAACGCCAGACGUAAAGCUAGCAGUCGUGUGGUUUAGUUACUAGGCCACCGCUCAGUCUUCCGUAAUAAGGAUAGUAGGCUGGUGAACCUGUAUUAAUCCUGACACAUUGCUUUCCAGUGAAGGCCCAGCUUCUCCUUGAAAGUAUUCACUGAUGGGGCUGAUACCAAUUGUUCGGGCAAGGCGUUCCAAUGAUUGACUACUCGAUGAGAAAAACGAGACCCCACUUCAAGUUUAUUAGGUCGUGGUUUAUGAGCCUUCUUGCUAUGACCUCGGAGAUUAUUAGUGCUGGAGGGAGCAAAAAGAUAAGACAUAUUAACACCCAAAUCAUAAUUAAAGAUACGAAAUGCCAGUAUAAGGUCACCUCGUGUCCUACGAUACGACAAGGGGAAAAGAUUUAGGCGUUUUAAGCACUCAUCGUAAGGGAGUCUAGAAAGACCCUUCACUAAUUUCGUUCCUACAAGCUGGACACGCUCAAGGGAGUUAGUAUCCUUUGUCAGACAUGGGCUAGCUGCUUGGAUACAGUACUCUAAAUGUGGUCUAACAUAUAUGGGAUAUAAAAUUCGAAACGUUUCCUCGUCAAAAGAUUUGAACGCUUGGCGAAGUGACCAUAACGCACGAAAACCUUUGACAGCGGCUGCUUUGCAAUGCGUAGUUGUUUUUAAAUCAUGACUUAAUACUACUCCUAAGUCUUUAUGCUCUUGAACGCAUGGAAGAGGUUUACCCUCAAUAGUGUAACAGUAACUAUUACCGUGACCGAUGUGCAUUAGCACACUCUUCCUAGCAUUGAUUUCUAAGCCCCACUCUCGAGCCCAUCUAACUAAAUCGUCUGAGUUAGCUUGAAGAUUCAGAUGAUCAGCCGCACUUUUUAUUCUCCAGAUUUUUACAUCAUCCGCAAACAAUAAUGUCGACGACCUAAGUAACAGCGGUAACUCAUUAACGUAGAGAAGGAAGAACAGAGGGUCUAAGAUGGUGCCUUGGGGUACACCACUUUUGACCGGCUUCCAAUCGGAUAGUGUUCCGUUGACCCUCACUCUCUGUCUGCGGUCACAUAAGAAAUUUCCUAUCCACUCAUGUACAGUACCUAUUAUUCCGAAGCUCGUGAGCUUCUGCAUAAGGCCUACGUGUGAAACCUUGUCAAAUGCUUUGCUAAAAUCUAUGAAUAUCACAUCGACAGACAGACCGUUAUCUAGGGCUGCUGUCCAAUCCUCCCUCGCAAUAAGCAGGUUAGUCAAGCAUGAACGCUUGUUACGAAAUCCGUGUUGCUCAGGAGCUAACAUUGUGUAAAUCUAUGUGGCUUAGCAACCUAACCCGAAUUAUCUUUUCAAGUAACUUAACGACUAUGCUAGUUAGACUGACAGGCCGGUAGUUAGAUACUAUCUGUCGCUGACCGUCCUUAAAUAUAGGGCUGACUAUAGCGUCCUUCCAAUCUCUGGGGAGUUGAGCGAGUGAAAGGGACAUGUUGAAGAGUGUCGCGAGCGGUUUUGAAAUAAUGUCCGCAAGAGAUGGCAGCAACCGUGGAUGUAACCCGUCAGGGCCCGGUAUCUUACCAGGUUUGAGGUUAGUUAUCAACGGAAGGACAGUUUCCUCAGUCACCUGUACAGAUCCAAUGGUUGGUAUCUCGGUGUGAGUGGGACAAGUAUUUGUUACAAUAAACGUAGAGAAGACUUCGCUAAAAUAGUCUGAAAAAGUCUCAGCUUUUGCUCGAUCUGAUUCAGCUAGUAAUUCUGAAUUUUCGUGUAACAGUAACGGGGGAAUACCAUCACCACGUUUCAUUCGCCGUUUAACAUACGAAAACAAUCGUUUCGGACAAGUACGGCUGUCAUAUACUAACUGUCGUUCGUAAGUGGUACGGGAUUUGGCUAUGGUUUUCUUACAGAUAUUACGGAAUUUUUGGUACUUAUGCUUAAAUGGUGCAUGACCUGUCAACAAUAAUAAGUCCCAGAAAUGUUUCCUACGCUUUAACAGCUUCCGGGUUUCCUUAUUAAUCCAUGGAGGGCAAUGUGAUAGCUUACGUGCUGACCAUGGGAUAAACGACGACAUUACAGACUCGAAUGUAGCCUUAAACUUAUUCCAUUCAUCUUCGAUCAAUCCAUCCGCAUCGACCGACCAAUCAAUCAAGAUAGCACAGUUUCUGAUUUCCGGAAUAUUGACUCGCCAGAUAUUGGGACGGGGUGGAGCAGAUACGAAUUGUAUACCAUGUGUCCUAAACUUAAAGUGGAUUACAACGUGAUCACUGUUCACUAGUGGGGGAAGGUGCUGAAUAUCAAAGACAUCCUCACAGUGGUGGGUGAGGGCGAGGUCCAGCAGUGACGGAUCAUGAUUGAAAUCAAUGUGUGUCGGUUUUGUGAUACAUUGUACAAGUGCACACUGAAUAACGGUAGAUAAAAGGUCGCUAUCGAAACCACUACCCGGAGCUGUAAGCUCUAUCCAGUUGAUAUGCGGUGCGUUGAAGUCCCCAAUGAUGAGACAACAUUCUGCCAUACUCCAAGAACAGAUGUGUCUUAGAAUAAAGUCGUCAGCAAGACAAAACGGACUACGGUAUAUUCCCCCUAUAGUCACUAACCCAUUUCUAGAUUUAAUCUUACAACAUGCAACCUCACAUGUGCCACUGAUAUGAGCCUCCGAUAUGGUUGAUUGUAUACGAAAGUGAUCCCUAACGUAUAAUAUUAUAUCUCCCCCUUUGUGACUUGAAACUCUAUCACUUCUAAUACAGAUAUAGCCUGCAAUGAAAGAAGAGCAGUCUAUAUCUACUGUGAACCAAGUUUCUGUAACAACAAUUAUACCGGGACAUAAUUCUUCCACCAUCAGACUUAGCUCGGACGUUUUAUUUCUAAGACUACGAGCGUUCGUGUAGCACACACUUAAGGUGUUCUGGCAAUCAAUCGUUCUACCCAUACAGGCCUCGGAAGCAUUGGCUUCCAAGACCUGAUUACCCGAAAACCCUUAAUGGUCAGGUUAUUUUCGCCAUUUAAUUUGCGAGUCCUCAACUCCGUAAGCGCAUUCUUCCACUUGAUUCGAUCCUCAAGCGGCCAAUCUGGUCGAAUACGGAUAUUUGAGUCACGAGUUUUUGGUGCGCUUUUCAAUAAUAUGUCUCUUUCUUCAAAACUCCCGAGAACCAGCUUCAGGAUUCUUCUUGGUUGGGUCUCGCCUCCAACCCAUUUACCAAGUCGUAUUACUUUUGUAAUAUGUACCCCUGAAACCUCUUCAGGUAGUACAUUCCUUACCACAGACUCCACUGACUGCAGGUCAUGUGCAUGUCUUCUAGCAGGGUCUUUGUCUUUCGACUCCUCUAGAUUCCAAGUAAUUAAACUAGGGAGGGGUUAAGCUUCUUUUGAAACUGUGUUCACAGCUUUCGAUUGUGACGUUCGAUCCUGUAUUUUAACUACUGGUAUUUUACGAUUAGUUUUUAUUUUAACAGAGUCCUGGGAGUCAAGCGAAUGACUCACAACAAUGUCAGACGAAGCUUUACUAUGGGACUUUAGCGGAUUGGUCUGAGAGUCCACCAAGGACUAACCAAGUAAACAGUCAUUAGUUUUAGCUAUCUUUCCUACUCUUCUGCGUUUUCGCGUCAUCCAUUUUCCAUCAGUCGAAACGUCUAUAUUAGAACAACUCGGGACAGUAAUUGUUUUAUCUGGGUCACCGGUUGCUGCUGUAGCAAUAUGGCCACCAACGUCUAACGAGGUGUCACUCACUGAUCGUUUCGGGGGAGAACGUUUAACUGCGGGUUGCACAGGUAGAUAUCUGGCUUGCGCCGUGAUAGCACUUACGACACUAACGCAAUCUUCGCCAUCAGUACCAAUGUUAUCAGUACAGCCCUCAUCAACCUUCUUAUUAGCCAACACCAGGAGACUAAUUGCUUCCUGGAUAAGCAAUGUUUUGCUCGAGCAACAAAAACUACAAAGCCAAUGAGAGUUGGGCUUUGAGCACCUUUUAUAUGCAGUGGGGCUUAGUCGGGUGCACAUCUUAUGGAACCACUUAUUACACUCAUCACAUUGCACCCCUUCCUCCAUGGGCAAUAAGCAAUAUGGUUGUCCACAUUUAUGAACAGAUCUAGCCAUCUUGAAAAUCAACUAGAACGGUGACAAAAAUAGGAUUCUUAAACCUUGACUAAAUAAAUCAAGUAAAAGUCGACGACGUAUGCUUCUAUGCAAUAAAUACACAAAAGCAAAAUCGAAACUCAAUGCAAUAUCACUUUAACUGGGAUAUAUGCAAUUAAAGUGUAAACAGUAGUUCUGAUGCGUAAUUUACGAUCAAAACAGUUAAUUAACUCAACGAGAAACAAUAAGUAGUGAUCAAUAAUCAUUAUCGUCAAAACAAAGUAGGGAGUAUGUUGUUGACAAAGGCUUAUUUGGGUGGAUUUUGUGAAGGAUUUUUGAUGUCAAGCAUUAUCGUAUAUUUCAUGCAGAAAACCAGCUAUGUAAGGCACUCGAUUAUCAACAAUUUAGGACAACGCACUCCUGUUUCUUAAUAUGGGUAGUAUCUUUGGCUCUCACAUAACAAACAUUUCCAUUAGUCCGAAAUACAAGCUUGUAUUUGACAAAUCAGUUUCAGUUUAAGAACAGAUGUCUGAGUGUAGCGUUAGUGAGAUUGUUAGUUUCAGUCCUAGCAAUGGGGGUCUCAGUUUAUACAACUCGUUUGAACGUGUUGACAAAUAGGGUUACAGUCGCCUGUUAGGAUAGGGAAUUUCACGCUAUAAUUAUUUGAGAAAGUUGUUACUCAGCUGACAAGUCGUGAACUUUUUGGAGUCUCCUGCUUGGCGGCUUAGUUGCUCUUUGUUGUGGUUCUAUACUAGAAAAUUGUUCGUCCGUAUGAGGUUUGUGUCGUACUUGUUUUAAAGACAGCACUCACCAAUGAGUUUUUUAAGUCAUUUGAUAAACUACCCUGGGCUAGAUAUAAAACACAUACUUUAAGGAUUUACUAUUAAGUGCUCGAGUUCUUCCAGAACCCUAAUGGGGAUUUCGCCGGGUCCCAUAUAUUUUCUUACAUUGAAUUUACUUAAUGGACUAAUGGCCAACCCUUUUAAGGGUCACAAUAUCUAGAGUAUGGGUGACAGGGUUUAUUCGGGCUCAAGAGAAGUGUGUCUACUGUAUAUACAUUGCUAAAGUAGUCUGAAAAUAACUGGCCUUUACCGUGGUCAUCUUCCACUGGCGUUUCCAUACUACCACCUAUAUACAUUUGCGGGACGCUGCACCAUGUAUUUUUUCUUCGAUUUGUAUACGAGUAUAAGCGUUAUGGGUAUUCUAUUGAAUCCUUAACGAAUAUUUUUCAUACUGUCAGACUUGCAUAGGGCAAAGGCACAAACAUUUAUGGCUUUCUGAUAUUAUUACCUGGUCUCAUCAGUGUCUAGCAACCUAAAUCUCUCAAACUUUCCACCAGGAAUGAAACUGACGACCUCUGGUCUUACGUGGGAGUAUUUAACUUCUAGGCCGUUUAGUUAAAAUCCCAAUUUAAUUUACUAAUAUUUAAAAUUUCUAGUUGUAACUUCGCCUCACUGAAGCCCUGUCGAUAACAAUAGCUGUCUCCACUUUAUUGGGAUAUUCAUAGAAAUAGCAGUUAAGUUGCAUAGUUACCAGUCUCUCAGUUUACGCUCAGGUAUACCAGUUAGAUGUUUCUAAGGGAUCGCUAUACCUACCAUCCCAAUACUUUAAUUGAUGCUUUUAGUUGUCUCUGGCAGCCAUAAAUUUGUACAGCAAUGUUUCAGUGAUAUUCAUUUGAUCAACAUACUAUUCUGUUUCAUUUGAUUCUCAGACAUUUAGAUUCUCAAGUAUGUUGGCUGACCAAAAGUAGUUAGAGCUUUCCGUGACCUUCUCUUUAGAUCGUGGCCUACACUAUCUUGAUGGAUUGUGCCUAUUAGUAGUAAUACCAAAGACCGCAGCCAUUGUAACAACCGUUUAGCCAGACUGCUGUCUUAAAUUUCCGAGAUAGGCGAUAGACAUCUUUUCAAACUUAUUACAAUAUAAAUUAAAAUUCGGAAGUUGGUGAGACUUCCUAAAAGAGUGAAACAGUAAUCCACUCUCAACCCAGCAAACUAAAAGAUGUGUAAAAGAUUUUGAAGAACAUGUUAACUGGUUUUUAACUGCUACCAAGCAACUUCAGUGGAAUGUCAACACAAGUCCUCUGAGUAGUAAUAAAGUUGAGAAUCUGUAAUUUAUCUAAAGUGGGAUAAAGCAGCAGGUUCAGAUGUAAUAGUCUAGGAAAUGAUAGAGCUCUAGUCUUAGCAUUUGGAGUAGUUGCGUAUACCAAAUAUUUGCUCCUCACAGGCAUACCUACCGACUCCUAGUCACAGUUCUAUUUCUCAACCUUAAGGCAGCAUUCGGUUCUGUUGGCCGAAAUAUUUUAUGGGAGUUCCCGACAAUUAAAAGCAGCCUUGUGCAGACUUUGUAUUUGAAUACUACUAUUUGAAUUGGAGCUUAUGACAAACAGUCAUUAGAAGUGCUAACAUUCAGUGGCGUUCGUAAAGAUUUCCCAUAUUUCUUAUUUUCAUUUGACUGUCAUAGACAUCUUUUGGGAGAAAACACUUUCCUCAUUUAAUCUACCAGGAAUCGAUUUACCAGGAGAUUCUGUUUUGAACUUAAACUAAACAUGAUAUAGCUCUGUUUCCUGAAAAUAUCGGCAAGAUCUAUAGUUUUCUGGUAGCCUUGGAUAAGAGUGCAAAGAUGUCUGGGAUGCGUUUCUCUCCAUCUAAACGCACAAUAUCACUUCAAGAUAGAUUCGCACUGACACCUAAACCAAUGAUAGGGAGUGAAGUAGUUGAGUGAGUCGACCGGCCCACUUAUUUUAGGAAUCUCUUCAGUCUUGAUAGGCCUUUGUUUGACGAAAUCUCGGCAUAAAUUCAGAAAGCAUAAUCGGUUUUUGCUAAUUUGUGUUGUCUGUGGGUUAAGUCAGUCAGUCAGCUACAACGUAGGACCAGCCACAUAUAUGUUUGUGGGGUAAGCGAGAUGUCCGCUUGCCAACUAAAGGACGGGUUUACUCUGUAACAGUUUGCUUCGUUGUACCUAAUGGCUGGAACGUGUCCUUUUAAAACAGGAUGUUCGUAGGUCACUGGUAUUCGCUCAUAGGUGUUUUGAAGCAAUGCUCCUUUACGUUGGGACCAUUAAGCUAGCAGUUCUGAGGUUAGAUGCAUAGUACUAAGUUAAUAUAACAAACCAAAUGAGGAAGUAGUGGAUCUUUAUCUACUAAGAUGGUUGGGAUAUGUAUUAUGUAUCCCCAUCCACCAACUAUUUUAUCUCGUACUUUUUCAACUUCUUAGUAUAUGUGAUUUAUUUUGAUACAUCAAAGGUUAAACAGGCUGAAGACGUUUAGCGUUUACUUUUGUCACAAUGAAUACUUUUUAAUGGCUAGAAAUUAAAAAUGUAUCAUGCAGAUGCUUAAUCCCUUGGUUGCCGGAAUAGUGACUUAAAAUUCGGUAAGGUUUAAAAAUAGGAUAAUUUCAACCAGUGUUCUUAGGUCAUAUACGACAGGGUUUAGUUAGCUUAAAAACUGACAGGUUUGUAGUCUUCUAUAUGAAAUUCCCAAAUGAUAUUGUCCUGUCAAAUGUGUCAGAUAAUUUUCCCUCAUGGCUGCUUAUUUUAAACUUCCCGCAAAUUUGAGUAUAUUCAUUUAGCGUUUCUUUUUUUGUAGAGAAAUUGAAUUUGUUCAUUAUGGAAAGUAACGCUGAUCUGGAAGAAGUUCAAAUUAACGUCAAUGGAACGAACCGUCCUCACGCUAAAUCGGUAGAACAUAAUUUUUCUAGUUCAAUACCGAAUCAUUCUGUUUCUUGCACAGAAGCUCCCGCUGUGUCACUUGAAACAUCAAAUGAAUCGUCUAAGUCACCUACCAUUCUGUCAAGUUCUACUGUAACUAAGAAAGAAAUUCCUCCCGAUUACGUUUUUGGGUCAAAUAUUUCGUCACGCGUUGUGAAUGCUGAUGUGUCAAAAGGUGCCUCGGUUAAUUUAUGGACAUCAACAUCUACAAGUCAUGAUUCCGCCUCGUGUGUUUUUACCACACUGGCUAAAGCAGUUACUGCUUCUCAAGCAAACUUUAAGGAUUCGAAAAAUCUGGAAGAUUCCGCAAAGGAAGUAGCUGAGGACAAGCGGAAGGAAACAUUAACGUUAGCAGAAGUCGACCUAGUUACUGGUGAAGAAGGGGAAAUUCCAAUCAUUCGACAACACUGCCGAGCUCAUAUUUUCGAUGCUAAUAAGCAGAAGUGGAAUAAUAUUGGGGCUGUUCAUUUCCAUUUAAAUGAUAUUCCCAACGACAGUGCGCAAGGGAAUACCAAUGCUUUCUGCAGGUCCCGGAUAGUAGUGCGUUUAGUGUCUACACGCAGAUUGUUGAUUAAUACUCUUAUUUGGUCUCAAAUGCCUGCCGCUAUAGUUGACUCACGAACUUUGAGGAUAGGUGCAAUUAAUGAGGAAGGACAUAUCAAAAAUUAUCUUUUUGGAUUUCCACCGGAUGAGUCGGCUUCCAAAAUAUUUGAAAUGAUAAGUUUUAGAAAGUCAAACGCUACUACUCUCCCGUAUGAAAUUUGUCAUGACAUAGCACCUGUUUCAAACAAAGAUAAGGUGACUGGUUGUAAGCGUCAGUUAGAAAUUCAAGCCAAAGCAGAUGUAGAUUGCUCACUCCAUGUACCCCCGAAAAUAGCCAAUACUAAUGUCCUUUCAUCUACACCAAGUGUGGUUGUAUUUCCAAAGACUAACAUAUUUAGACCAUCGGUAUUCACUCCAGUUUGUAAAGAUUCGUCCAAUAAUUCAUCGACCCCAAAUCACUCUUGUCAUGUGGGAGAACUACAGUUUCGGAAUUCACCGUUGGAUAACGUUGUUAAACGUCUCUGUGAAAGCAGUCCAUCUGGUAGUUCUGAACCUUCUACACUUCCAUGUAAUAACAAAGUAACUGAACCCCCGAAAUUGUCAUCGGGUGUAAAUUCUCAGAAUAUGCCUAUCAGUUCGGUUUCAAGUAAUCAAUGUGCCGAUUUCAUAUUCGGCCAUAACGUUUCGGAACGCGUCACAAAUGCUUCUUUAUCUACAGUCGUUAACCGUGAUAUCUCUGGCAAGGAUCUUCCAGUCGAGUCUUCAGAGUCAAACGACCACAGUUUAUCUCCAGAAAAAGAAGAGAGUAUAGAUGCUUCUGAGACUGGUGAGGAUUGUACUGUUCUUCCUAGUAAGCGAACAUUAGAAGAAUCUGCCGCUGCAGUAACUUCCGAGAUGCUCGAAAAGUCGACCUAUCUCUUAGCUAAUCUUCCAGAAUCUCCUAUUCUCACUGGGGAAGAAGGAGAAUACCUUACUCUGAAGGCUUACUGUCAUUUUUAUUGUUUUGAUCGUCACAAACAUGAGUGGGCCGGUCGUGGACAGGCUUACAUUCACUUGAAUGAUGUUGCAAUGAAAUCUUCAUCGUUACCUAGUCAAGCCUCCCCUUUUCCGUCUGGGCCGCCUGCACGGUCUCGUUUAGUAAUCCGCACGUGCCAAACUUUGAAACUUUUAGCCAAUGUUCCUAUCUGGUCCGGUCUGAACGUUGCUAUGGCUGAUGAACGCUCUAUUCGUCUGACUACAGUCUGUCAUCCGUCAGAAACUUUGAAUGAUUCUCAAAAUAAGCUUCUAUAAACAGGACAUAAUUACAAUGUGGAUAUGUCCUAGACCGUUGGACCACUAUCAUAACUCCUUCAUGUUCUAUAGAUUCAGUUGUUACAAAACCAGAAUUUUGUGCUUAUCUACUUGUUAUGCAUUCACAUAAAGAAGCUGACCGUCUUUUUCAAGCUCUUAAUUCGCGUAUAAACACUUUUACUAGUCGUUUAAACGCUAAACCUACAUAUCUUCACGAAACAAAUAGUGCAUCCAACAGUCCUGGUGAUUUUUCUUCUAUUCAUUCCCGUACACAUGGUCAUCUUGAGGAAGGUGAUGACUCUCCUAGUAUUAGUAAAGUUGAUGAGGAAAACCUACGACCAUUAACAAUGAUAUUUAUGGAUUCAAUACAAAUUUAUCAAAGUUAAUCAGUGAAAAAAAUAGAACAAUAAAUCACUUGUAUUAUCUUUGGCGUAUCGGCUUUUCUAUAUCUGGAGGUGUCAUCGCUAUUAAUGUGCGGGUUGACUUUGUUGUGUUCACAGUCCUACUGCCUGUACUUGAAAAUCAGGAACCACUCCAACUCGUUGAUCCUACUGCUUAUACUUUGAAACGAGAAUCACUGCAAUUCCCACAAUGUAAAGCAAUAAAGCGUAUGACUGGUCCAUUGGCGUCCCUACACAUGUCAAAAAAUCACAUCGUCAUUUGAACAAAACGCAAUCAUUUCUUUACUAAUUUUUGCACACACUUUAUAAUAACACAUCUAUGAGGAAAUAUAUGGGGUUACUGUAGAAAUCCACACACUGAAUAUAGUUUACCAGAAGUGAUAUUGGUAAUAUAAUUGCCACACUGAACAAAGCUAAUACCUGUCAUACUAAACGAAGUUUAUUCUGAAUUGAUACAAAAAAUAUCAACAUUAAAAUCGUCACGUUGAACGAAGUUCACACCUGCCAUCCUGGCUGAAAUUCAUAAUAAAUCAAUACAAAAAAUAUUUACAUAAAUAAUGUCACAUCUUUAUACCGUCAUAUCAUUGUUUUAAUUACCUAGAGUUCAACACUAUUGAACGUCUCGUAACUGGCAGUCGUUUCCAGAACCUUAAACAAUGAUCGCGUUGGAAGUAAUUAUUUGUGUACUUGCGAACCUUUAACGAUGAACGAAGUGAACACAUGUAAUAUCAUCAUGGUAUUGAUCUUGCAAACUCUAAUAUCCAUCAGAUUCUAAGUGACCCAGACAAUUUAGUGUUGAAAAUUGAAGUGAAAAUGCAAUCAAUAGGUACAGGAUUUAUGUUUAUACUCAAUACAUAAAUCACCUGUGCACACAGCGUUAUCCAGUACUUUUUAUCGUGUUCGAUUGAAUUACAUUUCUGUAAUCGAUCACGGUAUUUUUGGACAAAAAUAAAUAACCUCACAAGCACAAUCUUACGUUGGUCGAAUAGUGUUUGUGCUACAUUGGUGAUGCUUUAGACCAAUUAACUUGAGUACCUGAAUAACGAUUGGACAGAAACAAAUUUUGACAAGGAAAAUC